AUGUUUGAAAAGAAAAUAAAAGGAGAAGAUGAAAACCAAUAUACACAGCCAAUAGUAUGUAAUGGGUUUAUAAAGUUUAAUAAAUUAUUAAAGAAUCAUCACCAAUUAUUAAAAAGUAUAAAUGUUAUCGGAUUAUCAUCAGAUGGAAAAUUUCACAAAGUAUUGGAGGUCUCAUCGACAGGUUAUUAUUCAUUUUCAAUAGUAAAUAAAGGGCAAUAUUCAAUAUUAUUAAAAAAACCGAAUGGUUGGGAUUUUAAUUUAGAAGUUAUUAAUUUAGAUUUCGAUUUGAAAAUGUGCGAUAAUUAUAUUAAUUUUGAAUUGCAAGGGUUUUCAAUUGAAGGUUCAAUAAAAACUAUAGAGUCAUUUAGAAAAAGAACCGAGAGUAAAGAAAUAGAUAUUGAUCUUUCCAAAGAAAAAAAGAAAUAUUAUGUAAUGGAUACUUAUGGAAAUUUAGAAGAUCAUUAUCAAGAAAUAGAAGAUGAAUCUUUAGAAAAAAAAUCAAUUAUAAAUAAUGCUCAACAUAUAAAGCUCGAAUUGGUUCAAAUAAAAGAAUGUGAUCAGAAUAUAGAAGGAGCAAGUGUUAAAUGCAAUGAGGUCAUUCAAACUAUAAAUUCUAAUCAGUAUGGUGUAUUUAUAUUCAAAUCGGUUUUGCCUGCACAUAAAUAUAUAAUUAAUAUAAAAGAAACAAAUUGGUCUUUUCAAAAAUACUCUCUAGAGCUGAACUUUAACGAUAAUGAUAAAUUGGUACUAAAAGACUAUUUUAUUGCAAAUGCCUUUGAUGUGGUUGGUAAAGUUAUGGGAAAUAAGGAAGAGUCAUUAAAAAAUGUUCAGGUUAAUUUAUAUUCGAAUGUUUUAAAAGCUAUGAUAAAAGGAUGCACACCAACAACCAGUUCAAUUAUUAAAGGUUAUGGUUUGGUUUGUUCAACUGUUUCAGAUAAAAAUGGUAAAUAUGUUUUUAGGAAUGUUCCAAUUGGAGAGGGAUUUAAAAUUAUAGCAAAUUAUAAAAAUAAUGAUGUUAAAUAUCAAGUUAUACCUGAAGAGUUUGAUUUUUCAGUUGAUGGUAAUGGUACCAUUGAAGUUGAUGUUCCAUUUCAAGUUAAAGGUUUUGCAGUUAAUGGCUUUGUAUUCAACGAUAUUGGUGAGCCAAUUGAGGAUGCAGAAAUAUAUUUAAAUGGUGAAAAGGUAUCCGAAUCAGAUUCAAACGGUAUAUACAUUAUAGACUAUAUAAAUGAAGGUGUAUUUGAAAUAGAGGCUAAAAAAGAAAAUUAUAUUUUUAAUAAACUUUCAAAUCAUAUAGUAUCAUCAAACUCGUUAACAUUACCAAAUAUCAGAGCUUUGUCUUAUGAAAUACCGAUUUCAAUUGAUAUUAAAAGGUCAGCUUCAGAAAUUGUAUAUCAAGAUAUUGAAUGUAUAGUAUAUGAAAAGAAAAAAGAUAAAAAACAAUUAGAUAAUGAAGAAAGAAAUUUAAUAAUGACACACCUAAAGAAACAAACCAAAAACACCGAUAAAACAAUAACAGAUUCAAUUCUAAAUCAAUUUGAAAUACCUGAUUACAAAAUAAUUAAAUUUUUUAAUUUUUAUACAAAUGGCUAUUAUACAUUCAAAACAGAUAAAUCAACAGAAUAUUUAGUUAAAAUUAAAGAUGAACAUAUACCAACUAUCAAUCUUAUAAAUAGAGAUAUCAAAUUCAAGGUAGAGCAUAAACCAACAGAAAUAGUUUUUAGUCAAUUAUUGGCAUCAAUAAGAGGUACUAUUAGAACAAUCACAUAUCCAUUUUAUCCACCAGUACCAAGUGACUUAAUGGUAGAGCUAUUGUUUAUUGAAGAUGGUCAAGAGGGAAAUGGUAUUUUUACAACAACAUAUGUAGAAGGAGAUAUAAUUCAUUUCGAAUAUAAUUUUUUAUUACCAAAUAAAACCUAUAUGCUCAAGGUGUGCUAUGAUAAUUGGAGUUGGGAAAAAAACGAAGUUUUAGUGCAUGUAUCAAAAGAAGAAAAUAGUGUAGAGUUUGUCCAAAGCGGUUUUAAAUUAUUCAUUGAAGCUCCAUCAAGUAGCAUAAAUAAAAAGCUAUCCGAUAUUUCAAUUUCCCAUAGAUUCCAAGGAGAAUAUGAAAAUAUACAAUUAAAUGAAGGAAUAAACGAAAUUCAAAUAGUUAAACCAGGGAUCCACGAAUUUAUUGUAAAAUCAUGUUUUAAUUUCGAAAAUGAAGAAUUCUAUUUCGAUACAGAUUCCCUAAAUAUAGAAAAUCGAAUUAGUUUAAAAAUAAAGAAGUACAUUUUAGAGGGUUCUGUCGACUUUACACAACUAUUUGAAAAGUAUCCAAAACUAAAAUCAAAUAUAACUUCAAUUAAAAUUCAUGUUUUUAGUCAUAAAACAGGUUAUGAACAAGUAAAAAUUGAUGAAAUAGAUGCUUCUCUUGAAUCGUUUAAAAGAUAUCACUAUAGUUUUUUAGCAAGCGAAAACGAUGAUACAAUUCAAAUAACUCCAGUUAUCUCGAUCAAUAAUUAUGAAUAUAAAGAUAGAGUAUUAUUUUAUCCAAUAUCUAGAUUUAUAAAAGUUUCAGCAGUGCAUACCUGUCAACCAAUUAUUUUACCAUUUGUAGCAAUGUUGGGUAAAUUUUUGAAUGGAAGGGUUUUAUCUGGUGAAAAAGGAGUUGAAAUCGAAGCAAAACCUGUAGAUUUGUAUAGAGAAUAUCCAGUAAUGGAUAAAAAAGAAUUAAUUAAGAGUUUGUUAUUCAAUUUAAAAACAUAUACAGAUAAUAAUGGUCAUUAUAAAAUAGGACCAAUGUAUACAGAUUUAAAAUACUCAAUAACAGCUAAAAAAGAAGGUCGAAUAUUUGUUACAGGUUUUAGUGACUCAAAUUCAUUCGAUUUCAGCUCGACUCAGUUAUAUACUAUCAUAGUGAAUGUUAAAGAAAAUGGAACAAAUAUACCAUUCGAAAAUGCAUUUGUAUCAUUAUCACCCAAAGAUGAGAGAAGCAAUGGUGUAUUCUUACAUAGUGACCAAGCUAACAAAUAUGUUUUAAAGAGCAAUCAAUCAGGGGUAGCAGUUUUUAAUAAUAUUUUACCAAACGAAUAUAUUUUAAGAUGCCAUAUUAUCGACCAUAAAUUAAAACCUCAAAAUCACACUUUACAACUUCAAAGCUAUCCAAACGAAAUAAAAGAAAAAAAUGAAUUAGUAAAGACAUUAGAUUUUUUUGCAACAUUGUCAACAUUUAAAAUUUAUGGUAAAGUUUCGUCUGUUAAUUCACUUCCUUUCUCAAAUAUAAUGGUAUUACUAUUUAAAGUAGGAAGAGAUGAAAAUAAAUUGUUACCAAUAGGAAAAACAUAUACCGAUUCAAAUGGAAAUUAUAUUUUUUCAAGGGUAGUUUCAGACAGAGUUUACCAAGUAUCAUUAUCCUCCAUCGAUUUAGAAGAUACAUAUUACGAAUAUCAUUCAACUCCAAUAAAGAGAUUAAUUAGAAUUGAAAAUAACAGUACCUAUAAUAAUGAUUUCAUAUUAAUUUCAAAACAGCACAAAAACUCUCAACACAAGCUCCAAUCAACUGACGAAUUCGAAUUAUCAGGAAACAUAAUAGUAAUAAAUAACCAAGGCAAUAGCAUCAUUAGCCAGCAUGAUAAAGAUUUCAAUGACUAUAUAUUAAACUCAAUUUCAAUCAUACCAAAUAACAUUAAAGCCAAUGUAUAUUAUGGUGGAAUAUUAAUAAAAUCUUUAGAUAUAAACACAUUCAAUACAUUUAUUACAAUUUUAAAGAAACCAAAGAAUUUUAAAGAAUCUUUUACAGUUAAAAUAGAAAGUUUAUCAGACUCUAUCUUUUCAUCAUUUUUUUCAAAAAACUAUAAAGAAAUCAAAGAAAUUCAACUAUCCAAUGAAUGUAUUCAGCAAAGCUAUUGUCAUGUACAGUUUGAAUUAAACUAUAAACCAAAAUUGUUUUAUAUUCCUUCCUCAAUUCAUAAUUCAAAACCAUCACUAUCUUUAUCAACUACUUUAAUGGUAAUAAUUCUAUUAACUAUUUUUAUAGUAUUUACAUACAAUAAGAAACCAAAAAGAAAUAGUAAUAGGAAUAAUAAUGGAAAAAACAAUAGUAAUAAUGAUAAUUAUAAUAAUUGUAAUAAUAAUGAUAAAGUAACUUCAACAAUAACAAAAAUAAAUAAAAAAAUAAAAUAAAAUAAAAUAUUUUUAAACCUAUC